AUGCUUUCACAUCGCGUAUGUCGCGCGGUGAAUUCGGCGGCCAGAUGUAACCACCGGUGCUUGUCAACUGCUUCCCCGAAAUAUCCGCCCAAAGUCAGAGCUCUACCAUUCCAGCUCUCCGCCGCAGAGGUCAUUACAAGAUGGAGCGUUGGGAUGUCUAUCGCCAGCGGGGGCACCAAUCUUCUAGCAUCCAUUGCUGCAAGAUAUCUGCCAUGGUUGGGCUUCACCCCUCAUCAGCCAGUUCAUAUCCAGGCGGUGUAUCUCCCCGUCUGGAUGGUGGAUGCCCAUGUCGAUGCAGAUGUGUGGAUCCAGAACGAAAGGCAGAACCGUUUGCAGAACUACGGUACAUACAUGUAUCAAUCAUACAUGCCAGGCUUCGUCUUUGAGCCGAUUUCCUCCCUCUCGCUUGCCCACCCUGCGUACACGCAGUUCAAUAACGUCCGAUUUUCCGAGGAUCUCGAAACGCAGCAUGGUUCCGAUAUUUUGUGCCUCCCAUUCACACACACGCCGUUCAAGUUGAUCGAUCUCGCGCGGUCUCUAUCCUACGAGGAAGCCACUACCACCGAGCCGAAGCCCCUGCGAUUUGAUCCUGAAAGCGUGAAGGAGCGUCUGAUAGCAGCGUAUCCUCUCCUCCUGCCAGUCUACAUCGCUCGAUAUGAGUUGAGAUUACUCGGUCACCAGCCAGAAGAGCCAAUAUCAUACACCGUCGUCGUUGAAGCGCACAGUAAGAAGGGUCGCAUCAUCGUCGAGAACAUCCACAGACGCAUCGUGACUGAUUUAGCCGAUGAAAUCCAGCAAAUCCCAGGGGAGUCCGACACAUUCCUUGCCACAUUGGUCGGCAUGUUCCCCAACGAGGGCGUGCAGGUGUACGGCCCGUACAGCUCACACGCCGACCGCUUCGUCGGCAACAUCAGGUCCGACGACGUCCCCGCGAGCUUCGACAAGCAGGGUGCCGAGGCGGUGGCGGCGGCGAAGAGCCAGCUCCGUGAUGUUGCCCCUAACGAGAUGGGGAAAGGCUAUGUGAACGCAGCCUUCCGCCAACCAUUGCGCAGGUGGAUCAAUGCGGCGGCGUCGAGGAAUGGAGCGCUGGAGGAGUACCGGAGGCGGUACUUCGAUCCGUCCUCGUUGGGACCAGAAGCAGCAGCACCGGUAGAUUGGGAGGACCCCCGCAUACGCGAGCACACACAGGAGGAGACGCUGAAAACGGAGCUGUGGAUGCGGCUGUGCGAGUAUUGCAGGCGUUGCCAGCUGCUCCUCUCAGAGUUUGAGUCAAAGAGCCUCACUCACGGGAAGGACGGCGUAGCGAAACGAUUGGAAGACGCGAAACAGUUCAUGGAGAAGUCGGAGCCGUCGUGGUUGGCGGAAUGGAGAAGUCGUAGCGGCGAAAAACCCCUGUGGGAACCUGUAGCUCUACAGCGGAAUACGAUCGUUCUCUUCGAUUAG